GCAACUAUCUUUUCAAGGAUCGGAUCCAUUUUUUCAGCCGUUUCACGGUAAACCCUGAACUCAAAGUAUUAGUUAUAACUGGUUAUGUUUAUUUGUUUUAUCAAAGUUAGAGGAUGAAAUGGAGGGAGAUAAAGCCCUGAAUUUUCGUAUUAUAGCUAAAUGCCCGAAGACUCGUGCUAGAAGCUCACAUCUUACUCUUGCUGCAACAUCACCUUAUGGAACUCAAACUCUAGUCAAGACACCAGUUUUUAUGCCGGUAGGCACCAAUGGCACCCUUAAAGGAUUAUUACCUGAACAAAUCGAAACUUGUGGAUGUAACAUGAUGUUGUCAAACACUUAUCACUUAGCGUCUCGACCAGGAUCAAAAAUUGUUGUUGCUGCCGGCGGCUUACACAAAUUUAUGAAUUGGAAGAAUGGGUUAUUAACUGAUUCCGGAGGAUUCCAAAUGGUUUCUCUGUCUAAAUUGAUGAAGCUCGAUGAAAAUGGGGUCAUUUUUACAUCACCCUAUGAUGAUUCAGUGGAAACUACCCUCACUCCAGAAGGUGCAACUGCCAUUCAACACGAAAUUGGUGCUAAUAUAAUUAUGCAGUUAGAUGAUGUGAUUUCUUCUACACAUUCCGAUCAUGAUCGUUUUGUGGAAGCAACACAUCGAACUAUUCGUUGGUAUGACCGAUGUAAAACCCAGCACAAUGGUUAUGAAGCGAAACAAAAUCUAUUUCCGAUUGUCCAAGGUGGUCUAGAUCCUGAAUUGCGAGCGUUUUGUGCCCAAGAAAUUGCGGCUCGUGAUCCUCCAGGUAUUGCCAUCGGUGGACUUAGUGGAGGCGAGUGUAAGUCUGAUUUCAUCAAGAUGGUUGCUUGUUCAACGGAAAAUCUUCCUGAAAAUAAACCAAGAUAUCUUAUGGGUGUUGGAUUCGCAGUUGAUUUAAUCUUGUGUUCUGCUCUGGGUGUUGAUAUGUUUGAUUGCGUUUAUCCGACUCGUACUGCCCGUUUUGGUUGUGCCCUAGUUGGCUUGGGAAUCAAAAUAAAUCUUAAAUGGGCCGUUUUUCAGAAUGAUACUUCAGUUAUUGAACCUGGCUGUGAUUGUUAUGCUUGUGUCAAUAAUCACAAGCGAUCUAUGAUCAAUCAUUUACUGAAAAAAAGAAAUACAAUCGCUUGUCAUUUAAUAAGUCAACAUAAUGUUAGAUUCCAGAUGAGAUUUAUGAAUAAAAUUAAAGAUGCCAUUGCAUCGGGAGAUUUACCAAAGCUGAUUUUGCAAACUUUAGAUCAACACUACAAAACACGCGAAGAUUAUCCUGAUUGGGUAUUGACUGCUCUUGAGAUUUUAAAAAUAGAAGCCUGAACUCAAUAUAUUUUGAUGCAUUCAAAUGAGUCAUCUUAAUUGUCCCAUUACUUAUCGCAGAUAAAAUGACAAUAGUUUUGCUAUGCUUUUUACAUUUUACAUUUUGUAUUUUUGUAUUUUUGUUUUGACUUACCUAAACUUUAGUUUGACUGUAUCUAUAUAGUACCGAAGACAGUAUAUUAAUAAAAAUUUUAAAAUU